GCUACUACCACCACUAGCCACAGCUUGCCUUGUCCCAUCCACCGCUUUGCAGCAUUUCAGGGCUUGAGGCUUCGCACUGCCCAUCCUCCUCCUCCUCGCACACUACUCCAGCUUCGCCAAGAAGACUCCCCUCUCGCCCUCAUUUUCGCUCCCAAAUCUUCUUCCCCCGGAAGCUUUCCAUCAAGCCAAGAUUUCGGCUGCGCGCGAUCGUCGAGCAUCUUGCUGUCCAGUCCAGAGACGCCGCCGGGAACGGAACACCGUCGCGACGCCGCCGGGAAUCCGCUGCCAGACAUGGCAGACAGCAGCGGCGCCACCGUCUUCGACGACCUGCCAGAGUGGCUCAUCGUCGAUGAGAUCCUCUCCCGGUUGCCAGUCAAAGACGUACUCCGCUGCCGCGCCGUCCGCAAGUCGUGGCGCAGCGGCACUUCCACCGACGCCUUCAUCCUCGACCACCACCGCCACCAGCCCUCGCUCCCCAUCGUCAAACACGUAGAGGGCAUCGGCCGCGUCGUGAGAGCCUCCAACAAUGAUCAAAAGAUACUGCCCAUCCUACUGUAUGCAGGCAGAAGCCCUAUUACAGGGGUCGACCUUAUGCACUGCGCCGUCUGUGAUGGCCUCAUCAUCCUGGCGCAGAAGCCUGAUUAUUACAUCUGUAACCCGGCCACUCGCAAGUGUGCUUCCCUGCCAUGCCCUCCACUACAGUCAGGCUUCAGCAACGACGAAAUAGUCGGCUUCUACCGGCACCAGCCAUCUGGAGAAUAUCGGAUGCUCUGGGCGUCAUACUCCAUACGCAUCAGGGUUGAGUUGCCUGAUUACUUUGCCCUCACAGUGGGAUCAGACCAGCCAAGACGCAUCCAGUGGCAGGCAGUUUCAGAAAAAGGGUUUCCCACCAUGUUGGCCCGUGAUUGUCCACCGGUCCAUCAUCGUGGCAGCCUGCACUGGGCAGUGGGCCUCAACAUCACGGUAUUUGAUCCCGUAGCCGAGACAUUCUGGCACAUGAGCCGCCCAGAGCAGUUGGGUGAUAUGGUGUCAUUGUUGGAUACUGCCGGCGGCGCACUCGCUUUGUGUCGCACGGAUCGUACCUAUGUCACGUUGGAUGUUUGGGUGUUGCAGGACUAUGAUGCCGAAACCUGGGGCUUUCACUACCAUAUUAACUUGUCAGCGAUGGUGGCAUCGCCACCACUUGAUUUGAGGAUCAAAUAUGUCCCCAGGAUGGCUGUGAUCAAUGAGCAUGAGCUGGUUAUCGAUUAUCCUGACCGUGUGCUGCAUUGUAACAUUGAUGGUGUGUUUAUAGGAAAUCUGGAAAGCGAAGAGCAUGGAAACUACUUGAUGCUCACUCGGCAUCGUCUCCAAGAGAGCAUGAUUUCACUUCCAUUGUUUGAAAACCAAGAAGAAGAUGCUGUGAACAAGGAGUAUCCAUUCCUCAUAGUGCUAUAAAGACGCCAUGCUCCAUCUUAAUGCUUUGGACUUGUUGUUUGCUGUGCCCUUAGAGUAUCCAUCCCAUGUGAGCCAUGUCUUUCAUUUUACCUUUUAGUAGUACCAGUAGAACUGAACAUGUUGUUUGUCUGAAGUAGCCACUUCUACUAUCAUCAUUCGUGCUUGUUAUGCUAUCUUGAGCGCCAUGUUGAUGUUCUAACUUCUAAACAAUGGAGUACCUAUGCUAUGGAACUGCUGUGCGGUUCUUCCCAUUUUUUACUUUCA